AUGGAGUUGGACGAGAGCUUAGAAAAACCAAGGGCCAAGUGCAGAAGACUGCAUCAAGAGAAUCUUGCUUGGCCGGCGCUACUGGGUCUUCUAUCUCUAACGAAUUACCUCAAACUCUGGAAAGAGAUAAAAAGAUCUCCCCUUCAUCGGAGCUUUACAGAAUCUGAUUUAUCAGCCAUGCUCCAGAACCAGUGCAACUUCCUACUCUGGAGGAGUACCCUAAACCAUCAUCUUUUUUUUCACCCCCCAGUGGGUAUGCUCUAAGAAAGAACUCUGGUAAAAGGCUGGUGUUCACUCUAGCCUAGAAGGAGACCAUGAUUCUUUUUUACAACAGGCAGGCUUCUACUGGCAUUAGAGCUGACCCAAAAGAUGUUAUAGCUUGUAUGAAAGAGAGAGGAGUAGAUGUGCUGAUGGAGCAACAAAUUAGGAGUUGGUGGAGUACUUAUCAUCAAAAAAGGAAACAGUCCUUAAAUACUUUGACAAGUGAAGGACACACUCUCCAAUCUGCUACUCCCACCCUAACUGAGCAACCCACGUCUGUUCCUACCUCCACCUUGUUGAUAUCACAGGCAGCAACUCAGACAGUUGCUGGUGCUUCUAGUUUUCAGUCAGCUUCAAUACAUGUACCCUGAAUCAUUGUUCUUGUUGCUCAAACCACACAACCACACGUUAGUGUCGCAUCCAACAGCAUCCCCAGUUGGAGUCACAGUUACACAGACCAUUCAAACAUCAGGUGUGAGUGUUGCAUCCAGUUUAUUUGAUUUUUAUCCUUGCAGCUCUAAACCAUUUGGCUCAUCACAAAGUUGCUUAGUUGCAAUUAAAGUAAAACAUCUUAUGUUUUAUUUUUUUUGGAGACAAGAUUUUUAUAAGUAUAAGAUUGCUUCUUGCCCGUGUUUCAUGAAGUAGUACACAUAACGUGAAUCCACCAGCUUGUAAAUCAGACUGUAGAUUUUGUCUUUGUUUUGUUUUCAGAAAGCCAUCUGGAACACCUUACUUUCUGGAUGGAAGUGCAAGACUACUUUCCACUUUCAGUCCUUGAUGCUGCACUUAACAGUAUUCCUGAUUCAAGCCAAAAAAUUUCAUGAUAUGGAUGAAUAGGACUUUGGAGACUGGUUGGCAAUGCAGGAUUUCACAGAAAAGAGAUGACCAAUUUUUACUAUUAAACUCCCUCAAACCACCAUUCAGUCUAACCCAAAGACUGAUAUUUUAAUCCUUCCUCUUUGCCUGAAAACAAUGCAGCCACAACUGGGACUGCAGCAAUUAUUGAACAGUUUGGAAAGGAGUAUGGUGUGCCUUGUGAGCAAUCCUUUGACAUGAAUGCAGCACGAUGCCAUCAGGACUUUUUGUCCUCUCUAAACAAACACAAGUCAGAAAUGACUGAGACAAUGCAAUUGACAGAGGUUGAAGAGGCCUUUGAUCCUCUUAAGGAUGUAGAGGAUAAA